AGUUGACAGACCGGAAGCGCAAGUGCGAUCGCUGAGGCGCAGCCUGGAUGUAGCUGUCAAUAGGAUCACCGUGCUUAAAGCCAUUGUGAUUGGCGAUGUAUGAAUCAUAAAAGGUUAUGUUAUUUACGGUGCGUGAAUUAAUAGAUAUGUGAGAAGAUGGACCGAAUGAGUUACAUAUUCACAUUACCCGCCAUGGUGAUAUUUUGCCUGCUGCUUGUGUAUUGUACUGUGGAAAGUGCGACAGAAUUUGACCCAUACAAAAUUCUUGGGGUUGUUCGGAGCAGCAGCCAAGCUGAAAUCAAAAAAGCAUACAAGCAACUAGCUAAAGAAUGGCAUCCUGACAAGAACAAAAACCCAGAAGCUGAAGAUAUGUUCAUUAAAAUUACUAAAUCUUAUGAGAUCCUAUCCCACGAGGAGAAGAGAGCAAAUUAUGACCGAUACGGUCAGACGGACGAUAACGCACAAUAUGGACAACCACAGCCGAGUUUCCGGCACUUCCAUGACAGUUUCUACUUUGACGAGUCUUUUUUCCACUUCCCCUUUAAUGGCAAGACUAACCGAGACUUUGCUGAUAACAAAUAUUUGCUCAACUUCAAUCAGUAUAUGAAUGACGUCGUGCCGGACAGCUUCAGACGACCCUACCUGAUCAAGAUCACCUCUGAUUGGUGCAUUAGCUGCAUCCACAUCGAGCCUGUUUGGAAGGAAGCAGUGCAGGAGUUAGACACCCUGGGUGUUGGGAUUGGUGUCGUGGAUGUUGGUUAUGAGCGACGCCUGGCUAAUCACCUUGGGGCUCACCGGACCCCCUCCAUACUUGGAGUAAUUAAUGGCAAGGUGACCAUCUUCCACUAUGCUGUGGCACGGGAACAUUUGAGGCAGUUCAUAGAGGAUCUGCUUCCACAAAGAUUGGUUGAAAAGGUCACAGACAGGAAUUACGUAGAGUUCCUGAACAACUGGCAUGAGUACAACAAGCCACAUGUGCUGUUGUUUGACCAGGUUCCUGUGGUUCCUCUCUUGUACAAGCUGACUGCAUUCGCCAACAAAGACUACAUCCAGUUUGGGUAUGUGGAUCAAGGUUUGACUGAGACGGUGAACCUGCUGAGAAAGUUCAACAUUAACACCUACGCCCCCACCAUGUUGGCUUUCAAGGAGAACUCAGAUAAUCCAACUGAUAUUAUUCAGUCAAAGGGGAUGAAGAAGCAGAUAAUCGAUGAGUUCAUCUCAAACAACAAGUUCCUCCUUGUCCCACGCCUGGUGAAUCAGAAGCUCUUUGAUGAACUUUGUCCUGUAAAACAGUUUCAUCGGCGCAGAAAGUACUGUGUCCUACUGAUUACUGGAGAAGAAGAAGCCUUUGUCACAGGGAACAAGGCGUUCCUCUCAUUUGCCUCCACCAACACCAAGGAGGUGCUGAGGUUCGCUUAUGUCUACCAGAGGCAGCAGCAGCCAUUGUGUGAUGUUCUGCUAAAGGACAGAGACAACCCUCCACCUCAGGUGGUAAUCCUGGAGCGCCGUAACGCAGCCGGAAAGGUUUUGUAUAAGCCUGUAAUGGGUGGUUGGAACGGCAGCGAGGACGACAAGUAUCGGCUCCUGGAGCAGCUGGAGAUGCUGCAGAAGGACCCCUCCAUCCUCAACAACGAUGCCAUGUUACCGGAGCUCAACAACGAGUUUGCCUGUAUGUUUCUGAUACAGUGGAUUUAUACAGCCUAUGACUACCUCUGUCAGAUUGCUGAUGAUCUCCUUCACAAUAAUUGGCGAGAGAUGAUGCCCCUCUUGUCCUUGAUAUUCUCUGCAUUGUUCAUCUUAUUUGGCACAGUCGUCAUCCAAGCUUUCAGUGACUCCAGCGAAGACAAGCAGUCAAAACCGAAGGCGAAAGAUUCAGCCAAGUCCGAAGAUGGAUCGCCAGGAAGCGCUAGCACUUCCAGUCGCCCUCCAAAGAAGAAUUUUGUGGAGGUGACUGAGUUGACUGACAUCACCUACACCAGCAAUCUGGUGAAGCUGAGACCAGGGCACAUCAACGUGGUCCUGGUGCUCACCAAUGCCUCCAAGAACAUCCUGCUCAGCAAGUUUGCCAAAGAGGUGUACUCCUUUACUGGGAGCCUGACACUCCACUUCUCCUUCCUGAAUGUGGACAAGCACAGCGAAUGGAUGGACGCACUUCUGGAAUUUGCCCAGGACGCCAUGCGCGCCGAUAAUGACGAGGACGAUUCCAGCCACAAGGCGGACUAUACCGGAUAUGUCUUGGCCCUCAAUGGCCACAAAAAGUACUUCUGCCUCUUCAAACCCGUCUAUACGGGUGAGGACCUGGACAGCAAGUCCGCCGAGGAGGCGCCUGCUGCUACUGCAGGGAGGAGCAGGUCCGGGUCACGAGAGGAGCAGGCUGCCCGCAAGACCGUCCCUCGGUCCCGAUCCACCUCCACCCUCCAGAUCCACCACAAACUGGACCGGCUUGGCCUGUGGAUGGAGCGGCUAAUGGAGGGAACCCUGCCCAGGUACUACAUCCCUGCUUGGCCUGGCCUGGAGAAGAUAACAGCCAACAAAUAGAGUGACAUUAUGGCUGGCUGUGCUUGUGUUAGGCCCACAGAUAAAGAUCGCUGUGUCUGGGAGCACUGGCAUUUUUUUGAGGAAGUCAGAUGCCCCUUGUCUAGCUUUUGUAGGGAUGCACUAUAACGUGCUGGUCAAAGACACAGGCAGUAACAGCGAUAUUGACCAUCGCAGCAGCACUAGCUGCCAGUGAAAUCUGAUGGACCGAUCCAUCUGCCCACAGCACCUCCAUUCAUGUUAAGUUUUCGGUCCCCGUGUUGGGAUCGCUUUGGAGCAACCCAUCGUGCUUUUGCUGCUUUUUAGAGUCCCUGCCUUGCUCUAAUGUUUCCCCGCUGCACGCUAUGUCCUUCCUUAGCCCAUCCACACAUUUACAAAGCACUGGAAUCACUGUGAGUUCCCUUAUUAGUUCCUUGGAUUUGACAGCUCUGCCCCCGAGUGGUAACUCCAUACCGCAACUCGGUCUGUUUUACUUGAAUGACAGAUCCCAUGCAGUUGGUUCUGCUUAAAACAUGCCAUCUUGCGUGUGUUUGCUGCUUCUUCGGUAUGAUUUGGUGCUCAUCUUUUUCAUUUCAAAAUGUUUUUCUGAAAAAAAAUUACGUGUGGGCUUUUGUCAUUUAAUUUAACUGCACGAGCUUGCAUCAUGGUAGCCCAUCUCCUAGCGACCAAUUCUCUAUAUUUCUGCUUAUUGAACUAACUUAUUUGAGAGGCGCCUUCCGGCCAGCGGCGUUAAGUAGCAUCGAUGUCUCUUAUGACCCACCCAGUAGAAAUGGUUCUUUGAAAUAAGAUUACUUGCAUUUAAAAUAUUAAUUUAUACCUUUUAUGUCUACUGAGUUGAAACACACUAUAACCACUAAUGUACUAUUGUUAAUUCUCCUAGUGUAUGAUUUGUAUAUACUGUAACCAAGGUAACGAAAUGUUGUCUGCUGUAAAUCUGUUCCAAAAUAUCAUCAACUGUACUUGGCUGAUUCAGCAGCUCCUACUUCAGAGCAGCAUGUACUUGUUACACACUAGCCAGGUGGAAACGGGCUUAAAUUCAGGCUUGUGCUGAAGCCGUGGAACAGAUUCCUACAUCAGGAUCAUGAUCCAUUUCUGUUAAGUUUUACCCCGACUCUGCUUGAGCUGCAUUGGCUGGGCACUUUCGCAGGAUUUGGAGUGUUGAGUUUACAUGGGAUUAUUUGGCAGGAGAGCAUUGGGUGCAGGGUAAAUCUCUUACGCUGUGCCUGCUUCUCCCAAUACCCUGAACGGUAGCAUAAAUUUGCGCUACUCCUCACUGGAGAAUCUGAUUUUAAACAAGCAAUCCCCUCUCUUUUCAACAAUAAAAAUUUAUAUUUGUGUGUUCUGAAAAGUUGUGAAUAAUGUAUAUACAGACUGAAGUAGUUUUAUUUCAUAUGUUAUGUAAUUAUAAUAAAGGUGAAUUUUAAGGUG